AUGACGCCAACCCAAUCGUUCUUCGAUGCGCAAACCCAGCAGCUAAAUCUGCGCAACGACGAGCAAUCUUGGGCUCAACCUGCUCACGUUCUGGUGUCUCAGGGUGAGAUAGAAUCUAAUGAUAGCUCCGAUUGGCUCACCGUAGGACAAUACAACCAUGAAGUUAGGCCUCGCUUCACACCUUCGAGUUCCGAAGACGCAACAGCGGAUGUAAAUCAGCUUUCAGAAGGGAGAGAAUCUUCCUGGGAGGUUCUCAGCAGAGAACUGUCUACAAGGGAGUCAUCGGGUGACGUGGUAGUGGUGCAGGGUGUUGGCCGUGAUGAAGAUGACAUGGGACCGUUUCCCUCGCCACCUAGAGCCGAUGAUCUCGGACCCUCUUCGAAUCGCCACAAGAAAAACACCAAAGACAAAUCUGCGAUCUUGAAGCCCAAGAGAACUGACCAACGCUGCAACACCGGUGACCCAUGUGACCGAUGCAUCAAGGCGUUGAGCGAGCCUCGAAGCUACCACGAUCCUUGCUACCGCGACAAGCUGGACAAGAUAACAACGGCGAGACAUGGGAACAAUAAUUUCGGCCAGAGGGAAGUUGAGUUUCUAAAAUACAACUGGCAUCCGGACGCAGACGUCAAGACGAUCGACAUCAAGUGGAGCUUGCCGGGAGGCAGAUCGGUCGAUCUACCUGGAAUACGUCUUGACUGCAGACGAUUUGUUCCACUCAACAACGACUCACAUUACAUCACCUGGCAAGUUAACGAUGAGGUUGUCACUAUUGAGCUCCCUCCAUACUCUGGAGAGGACACGGCUGUGAUCACGGCGAGCGUGCAACAAUUUCUCAGAGGAGGAAACAAAGCCGUGCUCGAUUACCUCAUUCAAGAUGUUGAAGGCAAAGGGGAUACUUUUGGAGCUGUGAGCUUACGGGAAGCUAUGAGAUAUGCUGACAAGAAUCCAAAUUCUACUGUCGACCUCGCGCUCCGCAUCCGGUCCGCAGCGUAUUGUUCGCAAGGUUGGGGAACUGUCUCAGGCUCCGAAACGCUUGGGAUCGGUGAGUUUGACUUCAACGAGAAGGGACAAUGUGGAUAUUCGGCCUACGAUCGAGGCCAAGAGCGACCUCUACCACUGUCCAUUGAUCACCAAAUCGACGUGGCCUUGUUGAAAACGAUCCGGAUCAUGCAAGACCAUCUCGUCAAGAAACUCGCCAAAAUGAUAUUCCAGAAAAGUGGGAGGAAGCCCUGGUAUGAGAUCUUUUUGACGAUGUACGUCCUUCUUUCAAAUCUUGAGUACGUACAUUUUGGGUCUCUUUCUUUCUUGCGCGCCCAGAUGAAGACAAAAUCUGAGCAGUCGUGCGCAUUUUUGACUCGGGAAAUGGUUGCAGAAUACAAUUACUCUGCCGAGAACCUCUUGCAUCACUUCCGAGCCAUUCUCAGAGCUCAGUACGGAUUCAAAGUCGCCCGAAAGAACUUGGCCGAGUUCGUUAAAGCCGAGAGCCUUGACGACGAAUCAGCGCAAUACAUUCAGCGAGUUUUGGAGACGUUGGAUGCUCGCAAACUUCAGCCGCGAGUAUCGCCUCCCCCGGCUAGUGAUGUUCUUGAGGAACCGCCGCCCGACGGACGUUGGCUGAACAAGCUGUUCGAGAUUGCGAACACUGACAAAUAG